UCCAUUUUCCUCGCAUGCCACUCGAUGUCUCUCGAUUUCCCACGAAUACCAGAAUUCUCACGGAAAAAGCUAAAGGUUAAGUGUCCUACACAGUGGGAACAUCACCGCGGCGGCUGGAAGUACGCCGUAAAACUGAUCGCGCAACAUCUUCACGACGACGAGGGCACCCUGUGCAUCAGCUCCGUCGAAGACUACGUCUUGGAUGAGGAAACUAUCAGUGAGGCAUGGGUUGGGUUCAUACAUCAGGUGCCCAGAACAAAGCUCAAGUGGUUCCCUGACUUGGAGAGGCUACUUGAUAAUGAUCACUUCAGAGACAACAUGCUUUCAACCUGCAAAGGUCUAUUUGUGCUAUCGUCCGUCGUAAAGGAUUAUUUGUUGGCCAACUGGCCUGUUGAGGUCCCCAAAGUGCCCAUUGUUAAAGUGUGGUAUCCAGCUACUCCCGGAUGGAAAGCGUUCGAUUGGACAAAGUUUAGUCAGAGCAAUCCGAAGAAGGUGCUCUUUAUAGGAGAAUAUCUCAGAAACUUCGAUGCAUUCAAUAGACUUCAACUUCCUGGUGGUUACAAGAAGAUUCUCCUCAAAGCUCCUGACGUGGAUUUCACCAAGUUGGGAGUAACAUUCAACAGUGAAGUCACAUUGAUAGAGCGCGUUUCUGACGAGGAAUAUGACACACUGCUGGAAGAAAGUAUUGUCUUUCUCAAUCUUUUUGACGCACCAGCUAACACUACAGUCAUUGAAUGCCUAACACGCAACUGUCCUAUAGUUGUGAAUCGCCUACCGGGUCUAGAGGAGUAUCUGCAGCCUCAAUAUCCAUUGUUUUACAACACCCUGGAUCAAGCUGCAGAGAUGAUCACAAGUAAUGAUAUCCUGAUAAAGGCUAGAACAUUUAUGCAGCAUGAUCAUCCCACUAAGAAGCUGCUCAGUCGUUCGGCCUUCCUCUAUCAGCUUCAAAAUUGCAGCAUCUAUCGAUCACUACCUAUCCCACCAUCUCAACAUGCACUACCUCUUCAGAAGACAUUCACCGUCACAAUUGUGAUAUGUUCCUAUAAUCGAGUUCAUAACAUGCAAAGGCUCUUCCAAAAGCUGAUUGAGCAAGAACUAGAGACUUCUCAAACAUUCGAGGUUAUUCUGUGGAACAACAACUUUGACAAGCGACAGGAGCUAAGGAAAAUAACUAAGCCAUUUCGUGAUCAUCUUAAUAUGAAAAUCAUUGACAGUACUGAAAACUUCUACUGCAUCAUCCGUCUGGCAGUCGUCCAUCUAAUGCGCAGUGAUAUAAUGCUCAUUUGUGAUGAUGAUGUCAUCCCACAGAAAUCGUUUGUUCAACGAUUCCUACACAAGUAUGAACAGUAUGGACGGGAUUCAGUCCUCUGCUGCAGAGGACACACAUUCCAGAACCACCAGCUGAAUGAAGAAAACCCAGAAGAGUGCUGGCAAGACUAUGAACAUCUUCAAUUUCAUACAGAAAAGCAAGAGGAUCAACAGAUUCACUUCUUGCACGCAGACUCAUGUCUUAUCCCACGUCAUGUACUGCUAGAGGCAAUGAAGUAUGACUUGCCUUACAGAGAAAUUAUCCUCGUUGAUGAUUAUUGGCUGUCUUUCGUCUUCUCUCACCUUCUGCGUCUCAAAAUCUGGAAAAUCCGAUCAGACGACAUCGUACAACAGACCUCGGACGCCGACGACGAAAGUGUGGCUCUCUACCACAACCCAGACGUCAGAGAACAACGCAUUCGAUUCUACAUCUACCACAUGCGUCAAGGAUGGCCCAACAACGUUCCUCUCUAGCAUCAAAAUGACGGAAUCGAUUUUGUAGCUUUAUACGUAGUCUGCACGCGUAGAAGCUAAAAUAUCAUGCGACAUAUUUAUUUUAAAUACAUUCAUAGGAGAUAAAACAAUAAUAAAUCUGUGGCACUCACCGUG